AUGAUCGGAGGACUAUUUCUUUAUAACCACAAGGGCGAAGUUCUUAUUUGUCGAAUUUUCCGAGAUGACUUAACGAGAGAUGCCGUGAAUGCCUUUCGUGUCAAUGUUAUACAUGCAAGACAACAGGUAAGAUCUCCCGUCGUACUCAUCGGACGAACAACAUUUCUGCAUCGGAGAUGCGGUACCGUGUGGAUGGCUGCUGCUACAAGAAUGAACUCGAAUGCUGCUGCUGUGUUCGAGGUUUUGCAAAGACUCGCCACAACUAUGACGGAAUACUUUGGGAAAAUUACGGAGGACAGUAUUCGCUCGAAUUUUGUCCUGAUCUAUGAAAUUCUCGACGAACUGAUCGAUUUUGGAUAUCCGCAAAUAUCAGAUGCUACUGUACUGAAGAGUUAUAUAACUCAAACCGGUGUGCGCGGUGUGACGAGAGAGGAACAGCAACAAAUUACUAGUCAGGUUACUGGUCAAAUAAGCUGGCGGCGCGAAGGGAUAAAAUAUCGUCGUAAUGAGCUUUUCAUUGACGUUGUGGAAUGUGUGAAUUUAUUGAUGAAUCAGAAGGGGCAAGUUCUCUCUGUAAACGUGGCUGGCAAGGUUCUGAUGAAAUGCUUCUUGUCAGGAAUGCCCGAAUGUAAAUUCGGUAUUAACGAUAAGAUUACUCUACAACAAUCGAACAGUCGGAAUCAGUCGGACGAUGCCACAAAGGCGUAG